AUGCGCCCCACCCUAGUGCGACUGGUUCGUAUUCUUCCCCGAAAUCAGCUAGCGCAGGAGCAGGUCGUCAGGGUCAAACCGCUUCCUGAGCCCGUGCGCUCGGACGUGCGAUCACCGAGUCUCAUCGAGGUCCUGCUGAAGCGGAAGGAGGCCGCAGGCGCAGAUUACCCAUCCAAUAUCCGCAUUGAGCCUCCAUUGACGAAAGCAUCUUACAAGGGCGUGCCUACGGAAAUCAGAGCGGACCUGAGAGAAGUAGUGCGGGAACGAUAA